UUCUUUUAAAACUUUGUUUUCAGGCAAUUUCCCCGAGAACAAUUUUACAUCCAGAGGAUUGCUGGAACUUGAUCUGAAGGCUGGCCAUGACAUUUCGUCAUCAGUGUCUGGCUUCCAGUUCAGAUAAAAAUGGUGAAAUGAGCUUCCGUGAGAAGCUGCUGAUUAUUGAUUCAGACCUGGGGGACUACGAUGUGAAGCGGCUCAAGUUUCUCUGCCAAGGCUUGGUCUCCCAUAAGAAGCUGGAGAGGUCCAGCUCAGCCUUGGAUAUUUUUAAUCAUCUCUUGGCAGAGGAGCAGCUGAGCAAGGAAGAGCCUUUCCUCCUGGCAGAACUGCUCUACCUCAUCAAGCAGAAUUCACUGCUGCGGCACCUGCACUGCACCAAAGAGCAAGUGGAGAGUUUCCUGCCAACUCGAAGGAGGGUCUCUCUGUUCAUAAAACUGCUCUAUGAAGUGUCAGAAGGCAUCGACUCAGAGAGCUUAAAGGCCAUGACUUUCCUUCUGAGAGACCAGAUUCCAAACACCUCGAUG